AAAAUAAAAAAAGGUAAUAUUAUUAUUUUUUUUAUCAUUAAAGUUAAUAUUAACAUACAUUAAGAUUGCUAAGGACAGGCGAAGCGAAAUGAACAUACAUGUGACAAUGCAUAUGACAAUCAUUGUGAUAAUUGUAAAAAAUAGUUACUUUAAAUGCUGAUGGAAACCAACACUUUUUAUGAUGCAAUGUAACGGCAAUUAUCUUGAGUAAACUAAAACAAAAAAAACUUUUAUGAUUCUAUUCGAAAACUCAAUACGCCUCAUUGGAAAAAAAACUUAUUAUUUAUUAUGACCAAGAUGCCGCGCGGGAACGAGAAAAAAUACCUUCAAUUCCUUGAGUUAUAUAAAAAAGCAUAUUCAACACUUGAAAAACAAAAGCAGUAUCAGCAAGCACAAGAGUUGUGGAAAAUAGUAAAAAACAAUGAAUCCUUGUAUGAAAAAAAAAAAUAAAUGAGUUAAAAGAGAAAGUAACAAAGUCGAAAGUAUCACUUAUGUCAUUCUGGGGAAAUACCAUUUCACCACCUAGCAAAAAGAAAAAAGAUAUCCAUCCAGCGCCGUCUUCGUCAAAUGAAACACGAAGUUUCCUAAAUGCAACUACGACAGAGCCUGCAAGGAUUGAAAUUAAUUUAACAGACAACAAAAAAGAAAGAGAAAAUCCGGCACAAGUUAGGAGUCGAAAGAAAAUCUCAGAUCUUGAAUCACAACGUGCAUCCUUGAUAGUCGUACGUGAUUCUGGUUUAUCUACCGUAACAAAGGAACAAAUAAACACUGUGAAAGAAACCAUAAGAAAAGAAAAAACAAAAUUGGACAGGUAAGAUAAUUUAGUUAUGUAUUUCUUUAUUUGAUAUUUCAUUUUAGAAUGCUUAACUGUCAGGUUUCUAGUAAAUAUCAAGAGAUAUAUGUUAAAUAAUACAGAGUUUAUU